GAUCAGAAUAAGACAUUCAACUAGCAAUGGAGAAGUUUUUAAAACGAAAAAAUGAAGACAAAAGUGGUGCCAGCCCCCCCUAAAAGACUACAUUUUUACAUUAAUACAAUCCUGACUUCAUCAAGUACGGCUCUGUAAAUAGGACGUCAAAAAGUCGGGAGCCGUCCUGUGACGUCAUGAGCGUGCGCCAAGCAAACAAUAAACAAGUAUGACAUCACUUUCCCGUGACCAACAGAUAUCUCGGCACGAUGGUGGAGUGUUGUUCUCCCACGGUUUCUCUCAGAGAAUUUGGCUGUGAGCAAAGUUUACUCUCCCGUCCUGAUGGCUCAGCGUCCUUCAUUCAAGGAGACACGAGUGUACUGGCUGCAGUGUAUGGACCAGCUGAAGUCAAAGUCAGUAAGGAGAUUUAUGAUCGGGCAACACUGGAAGUCAUAAUACAGCCUAAAGUUGGCCUUCCAAGUGUAAAGGAGCGAGCCCAGGAGCAGUGUGUGCGAGAAACCUGCGAGGCGUCUCUGCUCCUGUCCCUUCACCCUCGCUCGUCCCUGACGCUGGUCCUGCAGGUGCUCCACAACGACGGCUCCCUCCUGUCCGGUUUCCUGAACGCCGCCUGCAUGGCUAUGAUGGACGCCGGCUUGCCUAUGAGUUGCUUGUUCUGUGGCGUGACAUGUGCCAUCCACUCGGACGGGAAGAUCAUCACAGACCCGACCGCCGCUCAGGAAGUCGAGAGUCGCGCUCUGUUGACGUUCGCCAUCGACAGCAAAGACCGCCGCGUAGUGAUGACCUCCACCAAAGGAUCGUUUUCAGUGCAUGAGCUGCAGCAGUGCAUCGCCAUCAGUCAGGCGGCGUCAGAGAAGAUCUUCCACUUCUACAGAGACUCGGUCAAGCGGCGCUACUCCAAAAGUGUCUUCUGAUCUUUUUUUUCCCCCCCUUCCUAGUGCUCACAAAGAAUAAUUUUUCUAAUAAAAUAUUCACCAACCA